UGUACAGUUAAAAUACUCGUUAUUAAUCAAGCAUAAAUAACAGACUAUUCUCAGUCAUAUUCAGGUGCAAAAUCGAACUGCAAAGCCAUUUCGUCUUUCUCUAUUUAAGCUCGGUGUGCUCUAAAAUAACGGGGAAGAGAUGGGCGCAAGCAUUCCUGGUUGUUAAAGGGAGAAAUUUACAGCUGAGUAAUAAAAGUUUACGACUGAAUCCAUUCUGGGAUUGGUUGCAGCGAUCCACGUGGCAUACGCUCUCUGAACAUGAACUUUAUGCUGUUGUCUCUUCUCUGCUACUUCCGUUGUAUCACUAGCGGACUGCGCUUGGAUGUAAAAAAUGUAGCUUUCUUUCCUGUUCUGACUAAAAAACAAAUGUAAUUCGUCCUAUGAUGUUUGGUGAGAUACGUUCUGCCUUCCGACCACCUCUGACAGAGGCGCUUGGCGACAGUCGCCGCCUCUCAGCCUCUAUGUCUGAGGCGUUGAUCCCCCAGAGGCGAAAGGAGCUCCAUGGAAGAAGAGACAGAGCACGUAGCCGCUGAGAAAGAUCCCUCCGAUAAGGGUGCCUCCUCCUUCAAUGUCGCACCGUGGUUUGGAGAUAGCAUAGCGUCCGAUAUGUGUGCGUAUCCUCUCGCCACAAUGACCCUUUCAUCCGAUCGCCCCGACGUCGCUCCAAACGGCGGGCCACCGGCCGGGAAAUAAAGAUGGGGCGAAAUGAGGGGAAUGGUAUCAAGGAUCUACCUGUUCGACGCCCAGGUGUCACGUCUGUUGGAAGUUGCAGGAGGAUUAUAAUCCUCACCUCCGGAGGAGCACGGCCAUUGGAGGACGAUGGCACGUGACCACUGCGCCCUUCUGCAGCUGUAGGAACAACCGAGCUCAACAGUUGAGAUGCCCGUUGGACACCGUGGUCCAACGUCAUGGCAUGGGCAAGCUCGGAUCCAAGGGCACGAGUCGGAGUCCAUUUACCAUCUGCUGCUCAGAGUUGAUGUUUCCCUGGAUGAAUCCGAGAGCAACGGACACAAAAGGGUCAGCACCAGGGCUGGUCGUCGGCAUCGCGUCCGCCGGCCAGUCCGGCUGCGCGGCGGGAGGCGGCCUGCGGAGGGAGAGGACGGCCUUCAGCAGCGGCCAGCUGCUGGAGCUGGAGAAGGAGUUCCACUUCAGCCCCUACCUCUCGCGAACACGCAGGCUGGACAUGGCGACCGGCCUGCGGCUCACCGACCGCCAGAUCAAGAUCUGGUUCCAGAACCGCAGGAUGAGGUACAAGAAGGAGCGCAAGGACCUAGGGGCCGCCGGGGGGGGCCCGCGCUGGGCCACGCGCACAGGCCCUACCCUCGGCGUGGCCCCCUCGGGUUCAGCCCACCUGGCCUUUUCAGACGCUCAAGUUAUCAGGGCAUUGUCGUCGUCGUCGUCCUCGCCGCUGCCUCAGUGUCUGGAUUAUGAUCAGAGCGCUCCGACGCUGCUGGAUGCGCACAGCGAUGCCAUCAACAGCUAUUACGGUCCUGUUAACCCUGCAGACUUGCCGCCUCUCGACGGCCUGGCGCCAUCUGUUGCAGACGGUUCACAGUUGUACCCUGUAGAUAGCAGCCAUCACGGGGACCAGAGACGGGGCCCAGGGCCAAGCCAUUUACCAGCCUCCAUUUACUCACAUCCAAUUCUUCUGGAUCCCUCUUCCCUUACCUACAUGUGACCAGGAGAUGUAAUGUUGACUUUGUUACAUGAAAUUCCAUCCUAUAACAUUUACAGUUUGAAUAUUAAGGUUGCACUAUGAUCACUUGUAAGCAUUAGCAAUUGUGUUUUUAAUUUGUAAUGACUGACAGUGAAAGCUCACUAUUUAGCUCUACUUGGUUGUUACACGUAUUUAGCUUUUCUUCACAUUGAACAAAACAACCCUUCCAGAUUUUACAGUUUCCUACUUUUGUAAGGUCAUUUGUGUGGUGGAGCAUGGUUGCAUGGUACAAGUUGACUCAGGUUCUAAUUCUGGGGGUAAUGUGUGCCGUUGUCAUGUGUUGCGUUUUUAGCUGUUCACAAGAUCUACGCACACUGUUUUGUUAAAAUUACAAUUCUGUAUUUACCUUCUCUAAAAAAGGUCACCUUAUUAUUCCAAUGUGGCAGGUCAUGAAUGUGUUUAUGAUUAGAAUGUAUUUAUUGUUUUACUGACAUUUGAGAGAUUUAAGAUUGUGGAUCUAGAAAUAGAAUAAAAAUAGAUAGUCAUAGAUCUAGAAAACAGCAAUUACAUAUGAAUGCUCCGGGCAUUUGCCUGUUAACUAUGGUGUUGUUUAACCUUUACUUUUUAUAUUGUUUAUGUCUUCAGUCAAUAUUUGACUCCGCCAUGUCCACACUAUGAAUGUUUACAUUUGAAAACGUGUAUCCACUAAAACAGGGAAAAACACGUACAUUCUGUCAUGCAUUUGAGCAUUUUUAUACUUGGGCAUUAUGGAAAAUUAAUAAUGGCUAAUUUGUGUAAGAAUUUUUAACAUCAGAUAAGCAUAUUUGUAGUGAAUCAUAUAAGACAUUAAAUAUUCAGUGCUGGAUUGUGUUCUGGAUAGAUGAGAUGUCAUGUCUGCCCUUAAUAAAUGUGUUUGGAGAAAGCAAAAGCUCUUGUGUACUAUUUUCUUUCCAUUUUUAAUUGCAGUUCAAUUCUUUCCCCAGCAUGUAGAUUAUGAUUAAACAGUUCUGGAUUGUAUCCCAAUGGGGCGUCGACACUCAAUUCAAAUUAGGGAUUCUUUAGAUUCAAUGAAACUCUGUAAUAUUGUGAAUUCAUGCUGCACACUCUCAGCGCACAAGCCUCUCCCUGGCUCCUGCUCUAACUUCCCAGCCAUUAAUCAUUCCGACA